AUGUUGGCCGAAGAUGGUACCAAGGGCAACUUUGAUACCUUUCAUCCUUUUACUCGGCUUCCCCUUGAACUUAAAUGCAUGAUUCAGGACUUCUAUAUCCGAGAUUUCCAGAGAGGGGCCCACUUCUUCGCAACAUCAGAGAACCCAAGAAGAAUCGGCCGUACCCUGAGAGGUUCUAUUUUCACUAUUGAGAACGGCCAUGGGCUCGACCUUGUAGCUCCCAAAUCACUGAGCAAGUCGAACUCCGUCCAAGAUUGGAUGAUGGAAAACUCAUCAGCAUACGUCAAAGAUGGCGCCCUCUGGACGAUGUGUUGGGAAUCCCGCGAUAUCAUGACCAUGCGAUACCGACAGCUCAGUGAACAGCUGUCAAGGAAUCAAUUCAUUUCUUGCAAAUUUACACGGAAUCAAGAAAGAUUUGAGUUCAAGGUCUCGCCAGAAAAAGACCUCUUUUGCAUCCAGCCACAGCAUACCCGGAUCCCAUGGUGCAUCAUGCCUUUUUAUAGGCUUCCAGGAAGUUUAAGUCUAACAAGACUUACGAAUACGGCAAUAGAAUACGAUCCAGCAUGGCUGGAUACAAGUAAAUCUGCCGGUGGCGUGCCAUGGUUGGAGGAUAGCCCUCGGGGGUGUUUUAUCCGGACUCUUUGGGCGGUGGCAGAGGGGAGAAUGCACAAUGGCUUCCAAUUCUGGAUUAUCGACCGUAAUAUUCAGAGAAGAGGCAAGCCAUGGGCCACCUCCAUACCCAUUGCGGACAGUGACACCGACGAAGAAGAGAAGCCAGAGCCAUUGGUCUUUCAGGGCUUCGACAAGCGGUAUGUCGAAGUGCGAGGCUUGGAGGAGUGCACUUGGGACGCCUUGAAACAGAAUACGGCGUUCCACUUUCUCCAUUGGCUCCAGAUCGAUGCUGGUUUUGGCACUGGCUGGAUGAUGAUGCAUCGCGGCAGGCUCAGCCAGGACAAUCCGCCGCUACAAUACCGUGACUUAGAUGAAUUGGUCAAGGUGGUGUGCGAGGAGAAGCUAUAG